UUUUCCCCAAAUUAUUUCUGCAUUGAACGAUCUUUAUUCUCUAAGGACGGUUUCAUUAAAGGUUGAAAUAUUUAAAACUAUUAAUAAUACUGUAAAAAUGGAUUCUUUAACGGGUAACAAACUUUCUGGAGUUCAAAAAGAAGAACUAAUGGACCAAGUUAAACAGCAAGUUGCUGUUAUGCUUGCUCAAGAAUUAAUUCAAAAAAUCACAGAGAAAUGUUUUAAGAAGUGUAUCACAAAGCCAGGGUCAUCUUUGGAUAAUUCCGAGCAAAAAUGCCUUUCUAUGUGUAUGGACAGGUAUAUGGAUUCAUUUGGUUUAGUAUCAAGGACUUAUGCAACCAGGCUUCAAAGAGAAAAAGGAAGUUUAUAGACUUAUAAUAUUGAUAAUGGUCAAAAUUUUCAUUCAUUUCUCACAGAAGAACUAUUUCAAAUGUAAAUGAGUCAACAUAAAUACAUUUCUUAAAAA